AUGCUUACUAAAGCAAGUACAGUAUGCCUUGCGGUAUUUAUGUUAGCUUUAGCAACAACUUGCAAUGGAAAAUCAGUUAAAGAUUUCCUAGCACGAAAUUUUGACGACUCAGAUGAAGAAUCAGCACUCGUUGCACGUAGUACACCUGCAUAUCAUUCGUCAUCUUAUAUUAGAUAUUCUAGAAUGUGUUGUGAUAUUCAACCAUGUUUAAAAUCUCAAAUUUGA